AUGGAUCCUUCUUGUGGCUCAGGAUCUCCUAAGCCAACAAAUCAAGGCAGCCACGCAUCCCAAAGUGAUGCCAUUCGCUCUUCCGGGCCAGCGGCACGAGAAAAUGGUUCUCCAGGGGACAAGAAGCGCAAGGUGACGGAGGAAGAAAGCUCUGCGGCCGAGAAACCACAACCGACUGGACCCGCAUCGAAAAGAAAACGACUGCAAGAGCGACACCAGGCCCGGAAACGCGGUCGGACACCGCCAUCAGUGUUUUCGCGACGAAACCGCUCAAAGAGCCCGAGCAAUGCUACACCACGCGAUGAGCCAUCCCGACGCUCUCGAUCCCCACUGCCACCGCGCUCGCCGUCUCCGGACCCUCAACCGCGACAGCGCAAGCGACCUGGGGGUGGAGCACGAGCGGGGAUUGCAGACCGCGAGACUCUCCGGCGGCGACAAGAGGAACGGGAACGCGCGGAGGAGCAGGAUGCGAUGCGCUCGUCUCGAGAUCGCGGGGUGUCGGAUGUGGUUCGGCAACACUACAACGCGGUGCCCGAGCGUGGCCGCGAGUGGCGGAAAACCGAGAGCAAGAUCAAGGGGCUACGGAGCUUCAACAAUUGGGUGAAGAGCACUCUGAUUCAAAAAUUCUCGCCGGAUGAGGAGUUCAGCGCCCGGUUCAAUGAUACAAAAGACUGGGCCGAGGACAGCAUGGGACCGCCUCCCGCAGAUGACAAGCGGUUACUAGUCUUGGAUCUAGGAUGUGGCAAGGGCGGCGAUCUGGGCAAGUGGCAGCUGGCACCACAGACAGUUGACCUCUAUGUUGGGCUAGACCCUGCCAACAUCUCCAUCGAGCAAGCGCGGGAUCGGUACGACGCGAUGCGAAGUGGCCGCGGACAGCGUGGUCGCCGUCCACCGCAGUCAAUCUUCCAUGCCGAGUUCUAUCCCAAGGACUGCUUCGGUGAGUGGCUCGGUGACAUCCGCAUCAUCCAGCAGGUGGGCAUUGACCCCAGUGCCGGGCCUGGCGGCUCCAUUAUGGCCUCGCGCUGGGGUGGCGGCGGCGGCUUUGACGUGGUUACGUCCAUGUUCGCCGUGCACUACGCCUUUGAAUCCGAGGAAAAGACACGCCAGAUGCUUUGCAACGUCGCCGGCUCUCUGAAGAAAGGCGGUCGCUUCAUCGGCGUUUGCCCAAAUUCCGACAUCAUCAGCAGCCGUGUAGCUGCAUUUCACAAGCGGCGCCAGGAGCGCGAGGCUGCCAAGGCUGCCGAACCCGAGGGCCCCGAGGACGGUGAGGUUGAAGAGGACGACCGCGCACAGUGGGGAAAUGAUAUCUACCGAGUGCGGUUCCCCGGCGCAACUCCUGAGAAUGGCAUCUUCCGUCCACCCUUCGGGUGGAAGUACAGCUAUUUCAUGCAAGAGGCUGUCGAAGAGGUUCCCGAAUAUGUCGUGCCGUGGGAAGCCUUCCGAGCUCUCACCGAAGACUACAACCUGGAACUGCAAUACCGCAAGCCGUUCCUCGAAAUUUGGGAGGACGAGAAGAACGAUCCGGACCUGGGUCCGUUGAGCGAGCGAAUGGGUGUCCGGGACCGGGCAACAGGCGCCUUGACGAUGACCGAGGAGGAGAAGGAGGCUGUCAGCUUCUACCAUGCAUUUUGUUUCUACAAGGUCUAA